AUGCACCUCCAAGGGCAAGAUCUUGCUAACGCAAUUACAGAAGACGGAACCUCAAAUGCAAAAGAUAAAGCAAAUGCACUGAUUUUUAUUCGUCGUCAUUUGCAUGAGAGCCUGCAGACUCAAUAUUUAUCCGUUCGAGACCCUCAGACCUUGUGGAAGAGGUUGAAGGAUAGGUAUGAUCAUACCAAAACUGUUAUCCUUCCUCAAGCACAAUAUGACUGGCAAAAUCUCAGACUACAAGAUUUUAAAUCAGUGUCUGACUAUAACUCCGCUUUAUUUGAUAUUGUUUCUCAGCUUGAGUUAUGCGGUAUCAAACUCACUGAUGCGGAACUGUUAGAGAAAACUUUCUCCACCUUCCAUGCUUUGAAUAUUGUAUUGCAACAGCAAUACCGGCAGCGUCAAUUUGCCACAUACUCUGAAUUAAUUUCUGUGCUCCUCACUGCUGAGCAAACUAAUGAAUUGCUGCUAAAAAAUCAUGAUCUUAGACCUGCUGGCUCAAAAACAUUGCCUGAAGCACAUGCUAACUCUGAGAAAAAUACUGGCCAUUUUAAAUGCUAUAAGCGCAGGCAAGAACAUAAUCCUCGAAGGGGUGGCAAGAAAUUUAACCGCCCUAGGAAAUCUAACUUUGACCCGAAUCAUGACAAAGAAAAGAAGCAAAAGAAGGCACCUUUAAAAAAUAGGGGCAAUGGUGGUGAAUCUCACGCCAUUGAAAUUAAUCCUACUGCCAUAACCACUGUUGAGGCCAACAAUAUCUCUGUUGGUGGGACUCCUCUUGCUCCUGAAGUAGCAAAUGCAUCCCUGGAUGUCUCUGAUUUCUUUGAGGACCUCUGA